GAGACACGUGGCCUCUUUGAAACCUGCCAUGAAUUCCCAGAUUGUCUUCGGUGGGACAUCUGUGAGAGACAAGCGGUAGCGCAGCUGUCAAUCAACACGGAAGACUCCUCCCCCUCCCUCCUCCCCCCUCCCCCCUCCUCCUCCUCGGUGGUGACUCCGGUCGAUGGUUUGAGGGAGCCGGUAUAAAGGAGGAGGACGGGCGCGAUCCCGCGAUGACGGACCCGCGCAGGCAGCUCGGAUCUUCGGCUCGGACCCGGUCCCCGUGAGUCGGACAUGGACCCCCGCUGUGAGGACUGGAUGUCCGGUCUACCGGAGCAGCUGUGGGACGUCCCCCUCACCGACCUGGCCCUCCCCGGAAGCCACGACGCCAUGAGCUACUGCCUGGACGCCGGCUCCCCGCUGGUCCCGUCCGAGUCGGACGCCUUCCGGCUGCUGGACCGCCUCUUCUCCUGCGUCACCAGGCCCGUCAUCUUCAAGUGGGCCACCACACAGGACAAGAGCAUUGAGGAGCAGCUCUCGAUGGGGAUUCGAUUCUUCGAUCUUCGCGUGGCACACAAACCCAACGACCCGUCCGACGACCUCUACUUCACGCACGUCAUCUACACGCAUGUAGCCGUGUUGGAAACGCUGUCGUCCGUCUCCGUCUGGCUGAAGUCUCACCCGAAGGAGGUCGUCAUUCUGGCUUGCAGCCAUUUCGAGGGAAUCGACGACAAACUCCACGAGUCGUUUAUUUUGUCCCUGAAGAAGCUGUUUGGGUCAAAACUCUGCCCCAAGAAGGAGGCCGUCCUCACCCUGCGGAGCCUGUGGACGUCCGGCUUCCAGGUCCUCCUGUCCUACGACUCCCAGGCGGCAGCCCGGCACGCCGACCUGUGGCCCCCCAUCCCGUACUGGUGGGCCAACCAGCGCACGGCGCAGGGGGUCACCAGCUACCUGGACUGGAACAAAGACCUGGGACGUCCAGAGGGCUUCUUCGUCUCCGGCCUGAACCUGACGGCCGACAGGUUCUACGUCGCCGAGAACCCAAAGCAGUCGCUGCGGAAGCUGACCGUCGAUAACUGGGAGGGUCUCAGGACGUGGCUGGAGGAGCAGGAACCGGGGUCCGGCCCCCGGAGCCUCAACAUCAUCGCGGGGGACUUCGUGGGUCCGCUUCCCCUGUGCGCUCUGGUCAUCGCGCUGAACAAGAAGCUACUGCGCAGGAACGCCGCCGCCGCGCGCUGAACCACGAGACGCACAAUGACCCAACAGACAAAACUAUCGAGACACCAAAAGAUGACGAUGCAAAAGACACAGAACCCCCAUGAAGGGACCCGAUAUGAACCCAGACCGAAGAGGACCGCCAUGAGAUGCUGCAGAACGUCGUCGAGUGGUUUUAUUCCACAGGAAGUGAAUCCAGAUGAACUUCUGCUCACAUUUCUGUUCUUUCAUAAGCUCGUCUACACGAGAUGUUUUUAUUCCAGGAAACAGUUUGUCGAUCUGACGUUUAUGUAAAAGAAUGAUUGUGUUGUUGUAAUUACAUCGGCAAAUAUUUUAAUAUAAUGUGCAAUCUGUA